AUGAAAUUUACUGUAUUCGCUGUCAUUGCCGCCUUCUGCCUUGUUGCAGUUUCGGCCAAUGCUACCGGGGAUAUUUUCCUUCAAAAUGAGUUAAUGGAAGAUAUGGAACUUAUAUCCCAGGAUUUAGCUGAAGAAAUUGCCGAAAUUGAACCAAACGGUGCCUUCACCGGCAUGUACUUUGUUAUCAAGAAAGCUUUACGUUAUGUCAAGGGUUUGAAUUGUACCAUCAAGGAGGUAUUGGCCAUUCAAACGGCUGCCCAAAACUUUGUCGACAGUGUUCGUGCUUGUGGUGGUGAAGUCUCCAAAAAGGUUCAAAAUCUAAUUGAUGCCUGCAAUGACAUUAUCCAGACCUGCAAGGAAAUUUUGGGCAUUAACGAAACUAUUUGUGGCAAUAGCAAUGAUGUCGAGGAGUCUAGCGGCGAUGAUGUUGAAAGCCAUGGUGUCAUUUCCAAGGCGAAGACCGCCCAUAAGUGUUUUGUGAAAAUGGUACGCAAGGUAAAUAAGUUGAAGAAACAAGUUAAGCGGGCUAUCAAAAUGAUUAAGAGCAUCAAGAAAGUGCCAGGUGAUACCAGUGACUGUGUCAUGGAUGCCGUCAACAAUUUGGAAAUGUAUUUCACACAAUUCCCAGCUAACAUUAAAACUUGUUCCAAAUUGACCAGCAAGUAA